AUGGGAAUAACCCAAUACGUGAGGCCAAGACAAAUUCUUCAAUUAAAGAAAAAAGAAUCAAAGGGGGCAUUCAUUUAUCUUCUUGUCCUCAUCGAAAACCAUCAGAAACAGGUACAGGUACAGGUGCAUCCCCUAACCUUAACAUUUACUUCUCUUGACCCCGUUUUCUGUCCUCACAAGUCACCACUACUAACCCCUCGUUAUUUUCGUUUCGUUUCGUUUCUCCACUUAAUUCAACCCUUCCUCUCCCAAUGGCUAAAGAUUCUUAAUUUUUUAUCGCACAAGAGAGAAAAGGCAAAAGGGUAUCCGAUUCUGGGUUUAAUAAUACGAUCUGAUCAGAGGUUAAGGAUAGAUGAAGCGUUCACUCUCCGGCGGCGGCGACGGUGCUCCGGCCACCGUGGAGGACAGGAAGAUGAAAAAGGCAAAGCUGGUAGAGAACAACAACGAAGGAAGAAGUGACGGUGGCGUCGUUUAUCUGGAUGAGAACAUGCUAUUCGAGGUGCUGAAGCACGUGGACGCGAGGUCGCUAGCUAUGGCGGGUUGUGUGAGCAAGCAGUGGCACAAGACGGCGCAGGAUGAGAGACUUUGGGAGUUGAUCUGCACGAAGCAGUGGGCAAAUACAGGCUGCGGGGAGCAACAGCUCCGAUCCGUGGUCCUUGCGCUUGGUGGGUUCCGUCGUCUUCACUCUCUGUACCUUUGGCCUCUCUCUAAGCCCCACGCAUCUUCCUCGUCCUCUUCUUGGGCUUCGAUCCCUCACAUGAUUCGGUCGAAGCCUCGUUUAGGGAAAGACGAGGUUCACCUCUCUCUGUCUCUCCUCUCUAUUCGAUACUACGAGAAAAUGAAUUUCAAUAACAGAAACAGAUGAGUAAAAUUUCCCUUCUGUUGUCCUCUAUCUGCCUUUGACUUGGCGUUUGUGUUUGUGUUUUUUUUUUUUUUUUAAUUUUAUUUUCGUGUAAUUUUGGUUUUCAGUUACCAGAUCUGCAUUUUUAUUUACUAUUAAAGGCGAUUAAGCUAAGCUGGUAGCCUAGUUGUGUAAAUUGGGAAUGGAUGUAUUAUUACGCCUAUGAAAAAUCUUAGGUUGAUUUAUGAUAUAUGAUAUGAUAUGUCUGUGUCUAUGUUGGGAUUGAAUUGCUUAUUUUGUGUGGUUUGCAAAAUAGUUUAGCGUUUGGGAUAUGGGGAAAGUCAAGUCAGGAGACGGAAAAAAAGAGGAUAUUAUUCUCUGCAGAUUCAUAGGAAUUGGGUAGUGGGUAUGGGGAAGAGAAUUGCCGAAAUUGGAUAAAGGGUGUAUUUGAAUGCGCACAAGGUGACAGAAGCAAAUGCCUUAGUUGUAAUAAAUGUCUGGUACUGCUUAUGCUUUCUGGCUCUUACUUCGGCCUAAUCGGUAAAAGACACACAGAUCAGUUAGGGCAUCGUUUGGAUUCUGCAAAAGCCAAAUUUUUCUCUAGGGACAAAGAUGUGUUUGUCGCAUUUGUGCUCCCUAUUCGUUGUUUUAUAUACUGAACGUUGUUUGGGCUCUGGACUUGUGAACAGAAUUGGAACUUUUGGACUGAUACCAACAAUGCUAUUUUUUUUUCC